GAGCAGGCCGGGGGCCCCGAGCCCUCGGCCACGCCCCACCGUGCUCCCGACGCCCCCGGGGACGGCUCGGCCCAGGCCCGCGCGGCGGAUGGCGCCGGCCCCCGGGACAGCGCCGGGCUCGAGGGGCCUCCGGACGGCGUCCAGCCUGAAGCCCCCGAACCGGAACCCAAGCCGACAGCCGAAGCCCCAAAGGCGCCCAAGGUGGAGGAGGUCCCCCAGCGCAUGACGAGGACCCGGGCCCAGAUGCUGGCCAACCAGCACAAGCAGAGCUCGCCGCCCAGCGAGAAGGAGCCUGCGGCCGCGCCCACCCCCAGGGCCAAGGGCCGCGGCUCUGAGGAUGACGACCCCCAGGCCCAGCACCCGCGCAAACGCCGCUUCCAGCGCUCCAGCCAGCAGCUGGCCCAGCAGAUGCACACGUCCACACGUCAGACGCGGGAGGUGAUCCAGCAGACGCUGGCUGCCAUCGUGGACGCCAUCAAGCUGGACGACAUCGAGCCUUACCACAGCGACAGGUCCAACCCGUACUUCGAGUACCUGCAGAUCAGGAAGAAGAUCGAGGAGAAGCGCAAGAUCCUCUGCUACAUCAGCCCGCAGGCGCCCCAGUGCUACGCCGAGUACGUCACCUACACCGGCUCCUACCUCUUGGACGGCAAGCCGCUCAGCAAGCUGCACAUCCCCGUGAUCGCGCCCCCUCCCUCCCUGGCGGAGCCCCUGAAGGAGCUGUUCAAGCAGCAGGAGGCCGUGCGUGGGAAGCUGCGCCUGCAGCACAGCAUCGAGCGGGAAAAGCUGAUCGUCUCCUGCGAACAGGAGAUCCUGCGGGUUCACUGCCGGGCGGCGAGGACCAUCGCAAACCAGGCGGUGCCCUUCAGCGCCUGCACCAUGCUGCUGGACUCGGAGGUGUACAACAUGCCGCUCGAGAGCCAGGGUGAUGAGAACAAGUCGGUGCGAGAUCGGUUCAACGCCCGCCAGUUCAUCUCCUGGCUGCAGGACGUGGACGACAAGUACGACCGCAUGAAGGUGUGCGGGGAGCAGCUCCUGUCACCGGCUGGCGGUCAGACCUCUGUGGGACCCCGCCUUGAGCCCUCCUCAAAGACGUGUCUCCUGAUGCGGCAGCAGCACGAGGCCGCGGCCCUCAACGCUGUGCAGAGGAUGGAGUGGCAGCUGAAGGUGCAGGAGCUGGACCCCGCCGGGCACAAGUCCCUGUGUGUGAACGAGGUGCCGUCCUUCUACGUGCCCAUGGUCGACGUCAACGAUGACUUCGUGCUCCUUCCGGCCUGACGCGGUGGGACGGCUGCCCGGGUCACAGGCGAGCCCCCCCAGUCCGCCGCCGAGUCCGGGCGGUGGAAGGAGACCAUGUCCCCGGUGGGGACACCCAGGGAGAAGCCCGCGCUGGGCCCCUGGCACGCGGCUCUCUUAACACCCGCCGCCGCGGGAGGACGAGGGGCCGGGCACGCGGGCACGGACACGGCGGCCUCAGGCUCUUUCCGGCGGCUGCACGGGCACCUCAGGAGCUGCAGGACGGAGAGCGUUUUUUAAACUCCUUGUUCCAUUUCUGAUCGACUAAAGAGAAUAAAAUUAAGGCGUCCACCCCUCACCAACAGCGGCCUCCGGGUCGGAGGGUGGGGAGAGCUUCGGGCCGGCUGCCGUCCUGUCGCCACGAAGCUGCCAACGGUGCCGGCCCGAGACCUGGGCUCGGACGCCGGGCCGGGUGAGGGCCUGGCUGCGCCGCCCGCCCGCCUCACAGGGACACGCAGGCAGGACUCCGGGUUGUGUUUUUAAUGGAGUCAAAUCCACGUGGUUUGUAUAUUUUUUCCUUUAAUCUUGGGCAUUUUGUUUCUCUUUCUGAGAACAUAACUUGAAACACUACAGAGCCAAUAAUCAUAUAAAAAGUGUACCCGUAAACGCUGUACAGUUUUAUACACGUUCACAAUGUACUUUUGCUGCCUUCUAGAUAAUUUAUUUUGCAACACAUUACUGCACAGUUGUAAAUAACUUAUGUACUGUAACAUCACUUCAGUUAUGUGUAAAGAAAUA